GGAGCAGUCCGCAGCUGAACAUGCAGAUGUUGGGAUACGAUUUGCCAGUGGCUUUCUCAGUUGAAGGGGUGGGGGGUGCAUUUUAAACAAGCUGUCGUUUAUUUGUUUGAGCCUGGGCUGAAUCUGCCCAUUCUUUUGGCUGUUUAGUAUAAGAAAUAGCUGGGGAGACGUGGAAUGUUACAGUACAGGAAAGUGUUGGGAACAAGGGGGUACAAACCUGUUUGUUUCAAGCCUAUUUAAAAAAGAAAGGAUUUCAUUUGACAAUGUUUACUGUCUGUUAGAUGUUAUCAGGUCUUGUAGAUCAUCAUAUUUUGUAGCCAAUAGGACCUGCGGUGGCUUUUUAAGCAUGUACACAGAGUGUAGAGAUACUGGUGGCUCACCUCGCACCACCCAGCUGGGCAAUGGCAUGGAGUUCACCUCACAAUGGAUUUUGCAGUGAUAUUGAACACUGGUAGCCAGCAAGCCAUUAAGCACAAAUGUGUUCUGGAAAACAAUCUACUUAGCAGUGGAAGGACUAUAUUUUAGGAUAAGACAUGAAGUUUAACUUCUCAAGGACUAAAUGUGAUUUUAUAGUGAAUUUUUAAACCCAUAGUUAAUAAGUGAAAGGAACCAGGAUCAUUCAUAUUUGUUCUAUUCCAAAAGGAUUUAUUUUCAGUUUUCUAAUCAUUCCUUCACAAGUGAAAAGUUGUAAUGUCUUGAAGCAGUUUCCUGGUGCCCUUUCGAAGGAUGUGCUGUGAUUGCUGAUGGGAACUGCUGCUCCAAUAUGAAUGUGCAUGAUGUUGGGGGGAGACGACGCUUUGAGGACUCAGAGUUCACGCUGCGGAUCUACCCUGGGACUAUAGCCGAGGGCACCAUCUACUGCCCCAUAUCGGCCCACAAGAGCACUACGGCCGCAGAGGUCAUAGACCACCUCAUAAAUAAGCUCCAACUGGACAAGACAAAAUGCUACGUGCUGGCGGAGGUCAAGGAGUUUGGAGGGGAGGAAUGGAUCCUCAACCCCACAGACUGCCCAGUCCAGCGUAUGAUGCUGUGGCCCCGGAUGGCUAUGGAGAACUGCUUCAGCGGGGAGGACUACCGGUUCUUGCUGCGCGAGAAGAACCUGGACGGUUCUAUCCAUUACGGCAACCUGCAGAUGUGGCUGCGAGUCACAGAGGAACGGCGGAGGAUGGUGGAGAGGGGCUUCCUCCCCCAACCCCAGCAGAAGGACUACGACGAUCUCUGCAACCUUCCAGACCUCAACGAGAAGACCCUCCUGGACAACCUGCGCAGCCGCUUCAAGCAGGAGAAGAUCUACACCUACGUGGGCAGCAUCCUCAUCGUCAUCAACCCCUUUAAGUUCCUGCCCAUAUACAACCCCAAGUAUGUCAAGAUGUACGACAACCACCAGCUGGGUAAGCUGGAGCCCCACAUCUAUGCCGUUGCUGAUGUGGCCUACCAUGCCAUGCUGCAGCAGAGGAAUAACCAGUGCAUCGUCAUCUCCGGGGAGAGUGGCUCCGGCAAGACUCAGAGCACCAACUUCCUCAUCCACCACCUCACCGCCUUGAGCCAGAAAGGAUUCGCCAGUGGGGUGGAGCAGAUCAUUCUGGGAGCCGGGCCUGUCCUGGAGGCAUUUGGAAACGCAAAGACAGCUCACAACAACAACUCCAGCAGGUUUGGGAAGUUCAUUCAAGUGAAUUACCAUGAGACGGGCACAGUCAGGGGAGCUUACGUAGAGAAAUAUUUGCUGGAAAAAUCAAGACUGGUCUAUCAGGAGCACAAUGAACGGAACUACCAUGUUUUUUACUACCUGCUGGCAGGAGCGAGUGAAGAAGAGAGGACGGUGUUCCACCUUAAACAGCCUGAUGAGUAUCAUUAUCUCAAUCAGAUGACAAAGAAACCCCUUCGACUGCACUGGAAAAAUUACUAUGAAACUGAGCUGCAGGACUGUUUCACGGUGGAGGGGGAGGAUCUGAAGCACGACUUUGAGCGAUUGCAGCUGGCCAUGGAGAUGGUGGGGUUCCUGCCUGCAACUCGUAAACAGAUCUUCUCCUUGUUGUCUGCAAUCCUGCAUUUAGGAAAUAUCUGUUACAAGAAGAAAACUUAUCGGGAUGACUCCAUUGAUAUCUGUAAUCCUGAGGCACUGCCAGUCGUGUCGAAGUUGCUAGAGGUGAAGGAAGAGAUGCUGUUUGACGCUCUCACUACCAGGAAGACGGUGACAGUGGGGGAGAAGCUCAUCGUGCCCUAUAGGCUUUCUGAGGCUGUGACAGUACGGGACUCCAUGGCAAAGUCCCUGUACAGUGCACUGUUUGACUGGAUUGUGUUCAGAAUCAACCAUGCGCUUCUCAAUACCCGGGACCUGGAGGAGAGCACAAAGAUCCUGUCGAUCGGAGUUCUUGACAUCUUUGGAUUUGAAGACUACGAGAACAACAGCUUUGAACAGUUUUGCAUUAACUUUGCCAACGAGCGCCUACAGCACUACUUUAACCAGCACAUCUUCAGUCUGGAGCAGGAAGAGUACCGAUCUGAAGGUAUCAGCUGGCACAAUAUUGCAUAUAUUGACAACACUGGCUGCAUCAACCUCAUCAGUAAGAAGCCAACUGCAUUGUUUCACCUGCUGGACGAGGAAUGCAAUUUCCCACAAGCUUCGAACCAGACCCUCUUGGACAAGUUCAAGAGGCAGCACGAGGGAAACAGUUACAUCGAGUUCCCUGCUGUUAUGGAGCCAGCUUUUAUCAUCAGGCACUACGCCGGCAAGGUCAAAUACGGAGUGAAGGAUUUCAGGGAGAAGAACACAGAUCACAUGAGGCCUGACAUCAUUGCCCUUCUGAAGAGCAGCAAGAACUCCUUCAUCUGUGGCCUGAUAGGGAUUGACCCUGUGGCUACCUUCCGCUGGGCCGUGCUGCGCUCCUAUUUCAGAGCAGUGGUGGGCUUCAGGGAGGCGGGCAAGCGAUACGUUCAGAAGAAAAUGGGGCAUGAUGAUGCAGUUCCAUGUGCGGUUUUGAAAAGUGUGGAUAGUUUUAGCUUUCUGCAUCACCCAGUCCAUCAGAGAAGCUUAGAGAUUCUGCAGAGAUGCAAGGAGGAGAAGUACAGUAUAACACGGAAAAGUCCCAGAACACCUCUGUCAGACUUGCAGGGUGCUAAUACCAUCAAUGAGAAGACACAGCGGGACUCCUUGAGCCUGGGCUGGAACGGGCGCAGCGUUAGGCAGGGCAGGCUCUCCUCCUCCGGGUCCUUGCUGGAAGAGGACGGCAUCUUCAUCAACUCCACCAGCAACAAGCUGCUGGAACGGGCGCAUGGUAUCCUCAUGCGGAACAAACACUUCAAGUUAAAGCCAAGCCUUCCAAAGCACUUGCUGGAUGUGAAAUCCCUGAAGUAUCUCUCAAACCUGACACUCCAAGACCGCAUCACUAAAUCUCUGCUCCACCUGCACAAGAAGAAGAAAACGCCCAGUAUAAGCGCUCAGUUUCAGGCUUCCCUUAACAAGUUGAUGGAAACGCUGGGACAGGCCGAGCCCUACUUUGUCAAGUGCAUCCGCUCGAAUGCAGAAAAGCUCCCCCUGCGUUUCAGCGACACCUUGGUGCUGAGACAGCUGCGUUACACAGGCAUGCUGGAGACUGUCAGGAUACGACAGUCAGGGUACAGCAUCAAGUACACCUUCCAGGAUUUUGUUGACCAUUUCCAUGUCCUGUUACCUGAUGGCACUGGCGCUUCUCAACACAGCAUUCGAGAAUACCUGAGCCAGGUGGACGUCAACCCAGACAGCUUUCAAGUGGGGAACACCAUGGUGUUCAUGAGGGAGGUGGAGAGGCAGAGGCUGCAGGACCUGCUACACCAGGAGGUGCUGAGACGCAUCAUCAUCCUGCAGCGCUGGUUCAGAACACUGCUGGAGAGGAAUCACUUUCUCAGCAUGAAGCAGGCUGCUACUGCUAUACAGCGAUGGUGGCGGAGCUACAGAAUGAAGCAGGCAAGAGCAGAAUCCGAAGCCGACCCCGCCCUUCUCCACGGAGCUGCCACCAGUAUCCAGUCCUCGUGGCGAGGAUACAGGGAGCGGAGGAGGUUCCUGCAGAUGCGGGAAGCUGCCUUCAUCAUACAGAGGAGCUGGCGGAGGCACUGCUACCAGAGAGGGGAGGCUGCAGUCUGCAUUCAGGCAGCUUGGCGCGGGUACAGAGAGAGGAGAGUUUACAGAACACAGAUGCGCAGGAUUAUACUGCUACAGGCAGCUUGCAGGGGAUACCUGGCUCAGCAGAGGUUUAGAGACAUGAAAGAGCAGAAGGUGACAGAAAGGCAGCUGGAAAAUGGACAGUCGAGUCCAACUGAGGAGGAGGAAGAGAAAUUUGGGAACAAGGACAUCCCAGAGAUUAUGGAAGUGGAUCCCACCAACUGGGAAGACCGCUCCUAUCAAGAUCGAGAAACCUUUCUGCGCAGACUGAGCUCAACGCAGGAUUGUAACCAAGAAGAAAUGUCAAGAGACUCUCGCUCAGACUCUCUGGACAGGACAAUAGAUGAUUGUAAAGGUGGUGAGGGUUACACAGGAGUUGUGCAGGAAGUGGUGGUUAGAGAGAGGCCAAAAUCUUUGGAUGACCCCAAGCAGAAGAAAGUGGUCCGGGCGAAAAGAGAGAGUCGUAGAAUGAGGGAGCUGGAGCAGGCCAAGUUCAGCCUGGAGUUGCUGAAGGUCAGGUCUACCGGUGGGGUGUCUCCAUCUGAGGAGAGAAGGUGGUCCACUGAACUAAUCUCUCCACAAGGCACUCCAGACAGUGAGAGCUCACGGGGCAGCUUUGAGCUUUUGACCAUUGAUGACUAUCCAAAAGUCAAGCCUGCUUCUGCAGAAUCAGAAGAGUCUGGCUCUCCGUCCAGCUUGCUGGAACAUCAGGAUAUUUUAUCCAGCAGCCCUGCAUUGCCUGAUAGUCUUCCGACAGAGUCAGAGAUAUUGAAUUCUGAGCCUCUGUCCACCAGCCCCAUCGGUUUGACCCCAAUCACUAAGAUCGAGAACAGCCUGCCCAUUUUCUACGUCCCGCAUUCCAAGAGCUCCACUGUUGCCUGCAGGACCAGCGAGGAUUCUACUGCAGCUAGCAAACCAGCUAAAGAACGGAGAGAGUCAGUCCGGAAGCCAGUGGUGGUUGUGAUCAGUAUGCAGAAAGACACACUGCUAGAUGACAGUCUAGUACAGCAACCUCCCCAGAUGCGGGACAGCGAGUCUCAAACGAUAGAACUCCCUGCAAUGCCCAGGGAAGUAUGUAGCAGCAGCAGUGUCCCAGGAGGGGUUAACUCAGCCGUCCUUGAGAAACUGGAGAAGCUGAACGUGGAGAAGGCUGAACGACAGAAGCAGCAGCAGCAGCAGAACGAGAAGGACAUGAUGGACCAGAUCCGGCAGCAGAAAGAGAUCCUGGGGAAUCAGCGCAAGGUCUUCGAGCAGAACGAGAGAGACAUGUUCGAGAAGCAGCGCGGGGAGGCCCUGCAGAAGAUCGAGCAAAGCCGGCGGAGUGGACCAACACAGCCCAUAACUACAAGCUCCAAGUCUGUGGAAAGACCGCAGUCCCUCCUAAUCACCCAGGGGCCAUGGGAGCCCAGCGCACCCCGGGGUGUGUCUCCGUCCGCAGUGGACAGCCAGAUCAUCCUAACAGCAAACACUGGAGAUAAAGACUCCAUCCGCCCCCUGGCUAAAGAGCGUCCGAUCAGCAUGUUUCUGGAGCGCAGGGAAGGGCUGAGGAGAGCUCCACAGGACUUUGAAAAGGUGGACAGUUGGACCCCCAAACGGGAUGGUGCUGCCAGGAAUGAGCAUAUUAGGCAACCGAAAGUUCCAAGUCUGAGCACAGACGGCACAGCAGCUGACAGGCCUACACCAAUGUUCUUCUCGCCAAAGGACAAUAGGGUUCCAUUCACCAAGUUUGAAAAGGAGUCUGCCAAUCAGGAGAAGUCUUCUGUCCGUCGGAAAGAGAGGCCUGCGAGUGCGAAGCUUGUAAAAGUCCCUGGACACAAGGGGCACGAGGUGAGACCAGCCCAUAAAAAGAAAGCCCGCAUGGCGCGGACACGCUCUGAUUUCCUGACCCGAGGUACAAACCCAGAGGGGGAGGGGGAAUCGGAGGAGGAUGAGUUCGAUGACACCCCCAUCUCGCCCCCUCUCUCCCCCAGCCGGCCCCGCCCCCAGCCGGAGCCCCUGGUUCACAGCGGGCAGGCUUGUCACAGUGACUCAGAAAUGCCAGCCUCACAGACUGAAGACCAGAAUAUGAUGCAUAAAACUAUGUCCUCUGGGGAUCUUGGCAAGAUGGACAGCAUGAGGAAGAACGCCCAUACUGAUGGAAGAGUGAGAGGGAAGAUGCGGUUCUGGGGCAAGACGAAGCAGGGUGAUAAGAAGCUGUCGAGAGAGAAGCUGGCCUCCCAGGCGGAGCAGCACGAGCUGCAGGAGGGCCUCGACACGGGGCUGCACAUGGGUGACGGUCCGGAGCGGCAAGUGACGCCCCCGUGCAGCCCAGACCUGGCCGCGGAGCGAGGGAAGGAGUUCAAGGAGAACAAGGAGCCCUCGCCCAAGGUGAGGUGCCGGAAGAGCAUCAAGAUCAGCAACGUGGCUCUGGAGCAGGCCCAGUGGCAGAACGACUCCUUACAGAUCCUCACCAGCGCCGGUGACUACAAGUGUAUGAACGAGUUCCUGCAGAAGAAGAUCACUGACCUUGACACAGAAGACAGUAAGAAGGACACCCUGGUGGAUGUUGUCUUUAAAAAGGCUCUCAAAGAGUUCCGCCUCAAUAUCUUCAACUCCUAUUCCACAGCUCUUGCGAUGGAUGAUGGGAAGAGUAUCCGGUACAAAGACCUAUACGCCCUGUUUGAGCAGAUCCUGGAAAAGACGAUGAGGCAGGAGCAGAGAGACUGGAGCGAGUCUCCUGUCAAGGUCUGGGUGAACACCUUCAAGGUGUUUCUGGACGAGUUUAUGACUGAAUACAAGACCCUGGACAGCACAGUAGGAAAGGCUCCAAAACCAGAACGCAAGAAGAGAAGGAAAAAAGACUCGGACAUUGUAGAGGAGCACAAUGGUCACAUCUUCAAGUCCACCCAGUAUAGCAUCCCCACCUACUGCGAGUACUGCUCUUCCCUCAUAUGGAUGAUGGACAAAGCUUGCGUCUGCAAGUUGUGCAGGUUUGCCUGUCAUAGAAAGUGCUGUUUGAAAACGACAACAAGGUGCAGUAAAAAGUACGACCCCGAGCUCUCGUCCAGGCAGUUUGGGGUGGAGGUCUCCCGCUUGACCAAUGACGAGCGGACGGUGCCAUUGGUGGUGGAGAAACUCAUCAACUACAUCGAGAUGCAUGGGCUGUACACAGAGGGCAUCUACAGGAAAUCAGGGUCCACCAACAAGAUCAAGGAACUCAAGCUGGGACUGGACACGGAUGUCAACAGCAUGAAUCUGGACGACUACAACAUCCACGUCAUUGCCAGUGUGUUUAAACAGUGGCUGAGGGACUUGCCAAAUCCGGUCAUGACCUUUGAGCUUUAUGAAGAGUUUCUUCGAGCAAUGGGGCUGCAAGAAAAGAAGGAGAUUAUUCGAGGGGUGUACUCUGUGAUCGAUCAGCUCCCCCGAACUCAUCUCAACACACUGGAGCGCCUCAUCUUCCAUCUUGUGAGAAUCGCAAUGCAGGAGGACACCAAUCGGAUGUCUUCCAAUGCGCUCGCCAUCGUGUUUGCUCCUUGCAUCCUUCGCUGUCCCGACACCAUUGAUCCUCUGCAGAGCGUUCAGGACAUUGGAAAGACAACUGCCUGUGUGGAGCUGAUAUGUGUUGAACAGAUGAACAAGUACAUAGCCAGACUAAAGGACAUCAACAGCUUGGAAUUUGCAGAGAACAAGGCCAAGAGCAGGCUGACUCUUGUACGGCGGUCAAUGGGCAAGGGCCGGCUCCGCAGGUCCAGUUAUCACGCCCCCUCGUCCCCGGUGGGGACCCGGCUGCCCUCGGUGUCAGAUGUGCCGGACGAGAGCGCUGGCGAGGAGGCCGGUGUGGAGGUGGAGCUCUCGGAGCAGCAGCAGGUGGCCAUGCAGCAGGAAGAGCGAGUCCUGACCGAGCAGAUUGAGAGCCUGCAGAAAGAGAAGGAGGAGCUGACGUUUGAGAUGCUGGCCCUGGAGCCCCGUGCCUCUGAUGAUGAGACGCUGGAGUCAGAGGCCUCGAUCGGGACAGCAGACAGCUCGGAGAACCUCAACGUAGAUUCAGAGGGAGCCGCGUCGGACAUGUCAGAGAGAAGCUCAGUGUGGGCCGCUGCCCUGCACAAGCAGCCUGAAUCCUCUGGGAAGACGCGCAGGCAGUUGCGGAAGCAGACCGACUCAAUGGACUCCGUGGACUCAACCUCCACAGUCCCAUCCAUCUCCUCCGCCUCCCACCUGCACCAGGGAACGGGCCAGCGUUUCCGCUUCCGACCCAAAUCCCGGUCGACUGCCUUCUACCGGGCCAGCCCUCCCAGAGAUACGACAGAGCCGCAGCCAGAACAGGGUGCGGAUGAGCGGCCGCAGUUCACCAGCCGGGGGACCUUCAGCCCGGAGAAGGGAAAGCAGAAGCUGAAGACCAUUAAGAACUCUCCGCAGAAGCCCCGGGAGCCCCCCGACUCAGGAGGAGGGAGGAAGAGGAACCCCGAACCAGACUUCGGCUCCCCUCAACAGCUAGUGGUGUAUGGGAGCAACGAGUUCAUGGUGUGAAGCCACAGGACAGUGGAGGGAGCUGAUAUUCGGGCGGGGAUCCACCUCUUAUCCUUUCGCACGCUGCUUACUCGUCCAAAUCAGCAACGUGCAAAAUCAUCCAUCUUACCUGCAGCCCAAGAGUGCUAUUCACCGUCAAGUAGGAUGCUGAAGGGGAGAGAGUGGGGUGGACAUGUGUUCACAGAACUCAAUGGAGAAAGGCUUAUAUUGCUGUGGCCUUAACUGUUUUUUUUUGUGUUUUUUUUUUUAAACUUUAAAGCCUAUGAUGUGCUCCUAUGAAAUGAAAUGUCAAGUAAGUGGAAAGGGGGGGGUGGGGGUAGGAAACAGGUUUCGACUGGGGAAAGGAGGCACUCUUACGCUGUCAAGCACUCCAUUAACUUAAUAUAUAAAUUAUUGGCUGCUUUGUGGUUUUACAUUCAGAACAAUCACGCAGCAUGUUUCAUAAAUAUUUGUUUUGUUGCCAUUUAAAAGAUUUUAAUUGAUAUAUAUGUAAAAUUAUAAAA